AUGAUGAACAACAUGAAGCAAUUACACAAACAUCAACGGCGAGAUGAAGAAAUGCCUAAUAAUCAAACUCCACCAUACUCACCCAGAUCGCUUAGACAUCCAUCGUCUUCAAGAUCUCUCCAUAGAUCCGUAAAUUACAUCUUCAGAGAACAACGAUUUCUCUUCAUCAUUAUAGGAAUCGGGAUCGGUUCCACUUUCUUCAUCUUCCAACCGUCGUUAUCCACCAUAACCACUACCACAACGAAUACCAUUAAAUCCCGCGAAUUUCCCUCAAUGCCCAGAUCAAUUUCAAUCUCCCACCGUGAAAGCACCACCUCUCACCGCCGCCCUGUUAAUCAUGGGGAAACCGAAAGGGUUCCUGUAAGUGUUAGUCGGAGGAGGAUAAGGACGGUGGUGACCGGUGGAGUAGGGUUUGUGGGUAGUCAUUUGGUAGAUAAAUUGAUGGCUAGAGGUGAUGAAGUGAUUGUGGUUGAUAAUUUUUUUACUGGUAGGAAAGAAAAUGUGGUGCAUUAUUUAGAAAACCCUAGAUUUGAAUUGAUUAGACAUGAUGUUGUUGAACCCAUUUUAUUGGAGGUUGAUCAAAUCUAUCAUUUAGCUUGCCCUGCUUCUCCUGUUCAUUACAAGUAUAAUCCUGUCAAAACCAUCAUAUCCUUUUCUUAA